CAUGCGCGAGCCUGGCGCAGGCUCGUGGGACGCACCGCAGGAAGAUGGCAGCCCUGAGUUUCCCCACGCCAUUGCACGGACACGUGGGCCGCGGCACCUUCAGCGACGUGUACGAGCCCGCGGAGGACACGUUCCUGCUUUUGGACGUGCUCGAGGCAGCGGCUGCCGAGCUGGCAGGAGUGGAAAUAUGCCUGGAAGUAGGGGCAGGGUCUGGUGUAGUUUCUGCAUUCCUAGCCUCUAUGAUAGGUCCUCAGGCUUUGUACAUGUGCACUGAUGUCAACCCUGAGGCAGCAGCUUGUACCCUAGAGACAGCACGCUGUAACGGAGUCCACAUUCAACCAGUUAUUACAGAUUUGGUUAAAGGCUUGCUACCAAGAUUGAAGGAAAAAGUUGAUCUUCUGGUGUUUAACCCCCCCUAUGUAGUGACUCCGUCUGAAGAGGUAGGAAGUCACGGAAUAGAAGCAGCUUGGGCUGGUGGCAGACAUGGUCGGGAAGUCAUGGACAGGUUUUUUCCCCUGGUUUCAGAUCUCCUUUCACCAAGAGGAUUAUUCUAUUUAGUUACCAUUAAACAAAACAACCCAGAAGAAAUUUUGAAAAUAAUGAAGACAAAAGGUCUACAAGGAACCACUGCACUUUCCAGACAAGCAGGCCAAGAAAUUCUUUCAGUCCUCAAGUUCACCAGGUCCUAGCAUACAAUGUGUGCCCAGAGCCACUGGAAACUGAAUACAUUUAGCAUAUUUUGACACUGACGUCAUUCAUUAGUUAACAAGGAAUUUUGCCAGAAAUUUCUCAUUAAAACAAGGUACAAAGGUGAAACAUUCCUUUUUACUCUCUAUAGAGUUAUUUGCACAAGUACAAUUAAAUAUGUAUAUUUAUAAUAUGCAUUUUAAAUAUGAGUUAUGUAUGAAAUAUUUCAGCAUUAUUUAGUAGGCAAUGGAAUUGACCUGGCAAAUGUCUUUUUUUGUCAUACCAGUCAAUAAAGGCAGUUUGCUUUCAGAAGGCAGAGCCAGCAAUACACCUUAAUUGUCGUAUCUCCAGCAUGUCAGUUCUCCAACCCCGCGUCAUAAUUCAGUUCAGGAGGAUCCCGAUUGCCUUUCCCUUCCACAGACUAUUACACUGAUUUGUUACAUGAUGACAUUAUGCUGAUUGGACCUAGUGAGCAAGAAGUAGAAACUACACUAGACAUAGGAGAAAGACAUUGGCAUCAGAGGGUAGGAAAUAAAUAUGACUAAAAUUCAAGGACCUUCUAGCUUAGUGAAAUUGGUAGGGAUCCAGUGACAUGGAGCAUGUUGAGAUAUUUCCUCUAUGGUGAAGGAUAAGUAGUUGUAUCUUGCUGCUCCUGCAGCUAAAAAACAGGCACAAUACUUAGUGGGCCUGUUUUGGUUUUAGAGGCAUCAUUUUCCAGUUUCGUUAGGUUACUCUGGUCCAUUUACCAAAUGACUCAAAACGCUGCUAGUUUUGACUAGGGCCCAGAACAAGAAAAUUCUCUGCAACAGGUCCAGGCUGCUGUGCAAGCUGCUCUGCCCCUUGGACCAUAUGAUCCAGCAGAUCCAGUGGUGUGUAAGUGGCAGUGGCAGAUACGGAUGCUGUUUGAAGCUUCUGUAGGUUUCUAUAGGUGAAUCAUGGUUUAGGAUUUUAGAGCAAAGCCCUGCUAUUACCCACAGAUAAGUAGUCUCUUUUUGAGAAACAGCUCUUGGCCCACUAUUAGGCCUUAGUAGAGACUGAUACUUUAUGAGUCACCAAGUUACCAUGCAACCUGAGCUGCCCAUCAUGAACUGGAUGUCAUGUGGCCCACCAACACACAAAGUUGGAUGAGCACAGCAACACUCCAUCAUCAGAUGGAAAUGGUAUACACAUGACUGGGCCCGAGCAGGGCCCGAGCAGGCCCUGAAGGCACAUGUAAGUUACAUGAAGAAGUAGCUCAAAUUUCCAUAGUCCCCACUUAGGCUCCCUGCAGAACGUUCUCUCUUUCAGCCUGCAUCUGUGGCUUCAUAGGGACUUCCCUAUGAUCAGCUGACAGAGAAAGAGAAGACUUAGGCCUGGUUUACAGAGGGUUCUAUAUGAUAUGUAGCUACCACCCAAAAGUGGACAACUGCAGCACUACAGCUCAUCUCUGGGCCAUCUUUAAGGACAGUGAUGAAGGGAAAUCCUCCCAGUGGACAGAACUUUGAGCAGCCCCCCUGGUUGUUGACUUUGCUUACAAGGAAAGAUGGCCAGAUAUUCAAUUAUAUGCCAAUUCAUGGGCUGCGGCCAAUAGUUUUGUUGGAUGGUCAGGGAGUUGAACAUAACUGAAAAGUUGGUGACAAAUUUGGGAUGAGGUAUGUGGAUAGACACUGAAUGGGCAAAAAGAGUGAAGGUAUUUGUGCCCCAUGUAAAUGCUCACCAAAGGGUUAGCAAAGAAGGAUUUUAAUGAAGUAGACAAGAUGACCUAUUCUGUGGAUACCAGUAGGCCUCUUUCUCCAGCCACCCGUCACCACCCAAUUGUCUCAUGAGCAAAGUAGCCAUGGUGACGAGGAUAGAGGUUAUGCAUGGGCUCAGCAACACAGACUUCUAUUCACAAGGCUGACCUGGCCAAGGCUACCUCUGAGUGCCCAGUGUGCCAGCAAAAGACCAACACUGAGCCCUUGAUAUGAUACCAUUCCCCAGAGUCAUCAGUCAGCUGCCUGGUGGCAGGUUAAUUACAUUGAUCCACUUCCACUGUUGAAGGGAUAGUUUUGUCCUUACUGAAAUAGAACUUAUCUGGAUACAGAUUCGCUUUUCCUUCAUGCGAUGCUUCUAAAACUACCAUCCAUGGACUUACAGAAUGCCUCAUCUAAGACCAUGGUAUUCCACACAGCAUUGCAAGGAACUCACUUUGCAGCAUAAGUGUGGCAAUGAGCCCAUGCUCGUCGAAUUAACUGGUCUUACCAUGUUCCCUACUAUCUUGAAUCAGCGGGCUACAUAGAGCAGUGGAAUAGCAUUUUGAAGACAGUACUGGCACCAGCUAUAUAGCAGUGUCUUGUAGGGCUGGGACAAGGUUCUCUAGAAGGCUGUCUGUGCUCUGAAUCAGCAUCCAGUACAUGAUGCGUUUCUCUUAUGACCGGGAUUCACAGGUCCAGGAAUCAAGGGGUCAAAAUAGAAGGGUCACCAUUAGUCCUACUGACCCACUAGCAAAAUUUUUGCUUCCUCUUCCUAUGACUUAUGCUCUGCUGGCCUAGAAGUCUUACCUAGGGUGGAAUGUUUUCCACCAAGAGACACAAUAAUGAUUUAAUUGAACUGGAAAUUUAAGACUGCUCCUCAGCGAAUUUGGGCUUCUUAAUGUCUCUAACUCAAUAGACAAAGGAGUUAUAGUGCUGGCUGGGUAAUUGUUCCUGAUUACCAGGUAGAAACUGGACUGCUGCCCUAGUAGUGGCAAGGAAAGGUAUGUCAGGAAUACAGGAGAUUCCUUAGGGCAUCUCUUAGUGUUACCAUGCCCUGUGAUUAAGGUCAGUGGAAAACUACAGCCUAAUCCAGACAGAACUGCUGAUGACCCAGGCCUUUCAGAAAUCAAGGUUUGGGUCACCACCGGGUAAGUACCAUGACCAGAUGAGGUGCUUGCUGAAGGCAAAGAGAAUACAGAAUAAGUGGUGGAAGAAAUACCAGCUUUGAUCAUAUAACCAGUCACAGAAACACAGAUUGUGAUUGUGAAAAGAAUGUCCUCCAUAUUUUGCUAUGACAUUUUGUGUGUAUAGCUGUCUUCUUUCUUAUCAUUUCCUUAUUCUGUAACAUAAGAUGCAUUGAUUUUAUAUCAUAGUGUUUAAAUAUUGUUAAUUUUUUAAAUUGGCUCCAAUGCUCAACCUUGAUUAAUUUUAUAUCAUAGUAUUUAAGUUAUGGGAUAUCAAAGAGAGAGUAAACAUCACACGAAGACUUUACCUCCUCUUCUGGGAAAUGGGUUAGUGUGUCUUGGGUAGAAUGCUGGAUUGUUAAUCCUGUUAGAUGGAAUUAUGACCUUGUUAUUAUCUUUAUGUGCCAAUUAAGUAUGGUAUAAGGAGAUGUGUAUGGGUGCCAAAUUGACAAGGGCAGACUUGUGAUGGUUAAUUUUAUAUGUCGACUUGAAUAGUCACAGGGUGCCAGAUAUCUGUUUAAACAUUAUUCCGGAGUGUCUUGAGUGUGUUUACAAAGAAGAUUCACAUUUGAAUUGGGGGACCCAGUAAAGGAGAUUGCCAUCCCCAAGGUGGAUGGGCAUCAUCCAGUUUGUUGAGGGUCUAAAUAGAAUAAAAAGCAGAGGAAGGAAGAAUUCACCCUUUUUUUUCCUUCCUGCCUCACUGUUUGAGCUGUGACAUCUCAUCUCCUGCCCUCAGAUGGAUUUAUAUCAUUGGCUCCCCUCGUCCUCAUGCCUUUGGACUCACACUGAAUUAUACCACAGACCUUCCUGGGUCUCCAGCUAAUAGAUGACAGAUCAUGGGACCACUUAGCCUCCAUAAUCAUGUAAGCCACUUUCUUGUAGUACUGGUAAAAGAUAUAUUAGACCAAUCUAUAAAAUGGAUAGCUGUGAAAGAGAAGGGAGACAGCCAUAUUCCUAGGCAAAUAGGGAAGAGUCCCCAGAGAACCUCCAACUUGCCCAGGUCAUUGUGCACAGGUGGCUUGCCUAAACAUGCCCAAUGUGGAAAAUUCCAUUUCUCAACACAUGUGCAAUAAGGGAAAUAAAUCAAUGUGGACUGGCUUAGACUAAGCACCUGCACAUGCACUGGAAGAAUGGGAUGGAGCCACAAGGAAUUUGUGCCUUAUGCAAGGAAGAAGCUAUGCCUCUUCAGCGCCUGAGAGAGGCCUGGCAUUCCAUUUGUGAGGUGGAAAACCUGCAAGAAGGACCCCUUUUUUUGUGGAGAGCUUACAUAGGGUGGAAUGUUUUAUACUAAGUGACUCAAUAAUGAUUUAACUGAACUGAAAGUUUAAGACUGCUCCUCAGCCACUUUGGGCUUUUCAUGCCUCUAACUCAGUAGACAAAGGAGUUACAAUGCUGGCUGGGUGAUUGUUCUCGACUACCAAGUAGAAACAACUACCAAGUAGACACUUUCACUUAAUAAAUUCUGCCCUCCUCGUC